AUGUUCGAAAAAGCUUUACAUCACCAAUCUGCUUUUUGCGCGCCUGAGGAUUUCUACAUCGACACAGAAUUUGGUCCAUAUCGCCGCACACUCCUGCAUCUCACAACAGAUUGCUAUGAUGAGACGGUUGAUAGUAUGGUGAAAUAUCUCAUCGAUAAAAAUGCCAACCAAGAAGCAGUCGACGAAUUUGGAACAACUCCUUUAGACCUGGCCUGCAAACAACAAAAUUUUCGCUGCGCCAUAGCUCUGAUCAAGAAGGGCGCGUGUGUCAAUGACGAUCAGUUACAUGUCUUUAUAUCUGGGCUUAAAACGAAAAGUCGCGAUGGACUUAUUCCCGAUGAGCUCCAGUUCGGCCACUUGCGGAGGCAACUGUUCUCUAUGAUAAUAUCCGAAAACCGCAGGGUCCUCACGAACCUGGAUGAUGGGCACACUCCACUGAUGCGGGCCGCUUAUGAUGGCGAAACUUCCACAGUCCAGCUUCUGCUUGAAUCAACAACGGAUGUGGAUUAUUGUGGUCACGAGAAUGAAACAGCACUAAUGCGUGCUGUAGACGGGAAGAACGCUGAUUGCGUUGAACUUCUCAUAAACUGCGGUGCUGAUGUUAAUCUUCCCGACGUCGAUGGACAAUCGGCAGCUUGCCGCCUGCCUGUUGACUCUUUCGAUCCGCGGUGGAGCCGCAUCUGGGUUCUUUUUCUCGAGAGGGGCUGUGAUCUAGUAUCAACGUAUUGGAAGCCAGAUGUCGGUACAGCAGUUUCGUUCCUCCAGCACGCAGUUUAUCAAGCUUUGAAAGGCGAUGAUCUCCUGUUAGACUUGAUCGUCAGACACGGGACAGCAAUCGGGUUGCUAGAGAUCGACGAGGUCUCUGAGGCGUUAGAAACGGUGAACUACGAUCCACAGCGUUUUGUCAAGCACGGAUUUUGCGAAGGAAAUAUUGAUGAUUUGCUUUAUAGAGGCCAUGCUGGCCACGACGCCCAAGACCUGACAAAACCUGCCUUGCUACAGUUGCAGCAGAACAUCAAGGAGCAUUUUGUAACAGUCGUGCAUAAGUAA